UCAACAGUUUAUGAUUAUAAAUUAAAGGCAACACAUCAUCGGGAUACAAGAAUAUUUUUCUGGGAGAUAAAUUUCAUCAACAUAUAGUUGUUUGGAUACACGUCGUGAAAGAUGAUAAUUAUUCAGCUAGCGUUAGCCCUUGCAAUGCUUCAUGCAUCGGGUGGCACCGAUGUACAGCACAACAAACGUUACGCUUCUAGAUUGAAGCAAUUACUGUACUCGUCAAACAACAUGAACAAACGAGACCUUAGUCCCCACAAUAAUGGAAAUACUAACAACAAUAAUCCCGACAAUAAUGGGGAAAAUACUCCACACAAUAACGGUAAUGGAAACACUAACAAUAACAAUAACAACAACAAUAAUAAUAAUCCACACAACAACGGGAACAAGCGAGACCUUACUCCUCACAAUAAUGGGGAAAAUACUCCACACAAUAACGGAAAUGGAAACACCAACAACAAUAACAACAACAACAAUAAUAAUCCACACAACAACGGGAACAAACGAGACCUUAAUCCCCACAAUAAUGGGGAAAAUAAUCCACACAAUAACAGAAAUGGUAAUCACAACAACAACAACAACAAUAAUAAUAAUAAUAAUCCACACAACAGCAGGGACAAGCGAGACGAAAACCAAGACAAUAACGAUAAUGGACAAAACAACAACGGCAAUAAUGAUGAUGAUAAUGGUGAUGAUAAUAAUAAUGACAAUAAUAAUGGUGAUAACAACGACCAGAUGAAGCGUGAUCAUAAUCCCCACAAUAAUGGUAACAACAGUCCGCAUAAUAACGGAAACGGAAACAACAAUAAUGAUAAUAAUGACGGUGAUGAUGAUAACGACGAACAGAAAAAGCGAGAUCUUACCCCCCACAAUAAUGGGGACAAUAAUCCGCAUAAUAACGGAAAUGGAAACAGCAACAACAACCAGAACAAUAAUAAUAAUCCACACAACAACGGGAACAAGCGAGAUGAAAACCAAGACAAUAACGAUAAUGGACAAAACAAUGGCAACGGUGAUGAUGAUAAUGGUGAUGAAAAUAAUGAUGAUGAUGAUGAUGAUAACGACGACCAGAAAAAGCGAGAUCUUACCCCUCACAUUAAUAAGGAAAAAAAUCCGCAUAAUAACGGAAAUGGUAACAACAACAACAAUAAUAAUAACAAUCCACACAACAACGCGAACAAGCGAGAUGAGAACCAGGACAAUAACGAUAAUGGACAAAACAACAACGACAAUAAUGAUGAUAAUAAUGGUGAUGAUGAUAAUGAUGACAAUAAUGAUGGUGAUAACAACGACCAGAGGAAGCGUGAUCAUAAUCCCCACAACAAUGGUAACAUCAAUCCGCAUAAUAACGGAAACGGAAACAACAAUAAUGAUAAUAAUGACGGUGAUGAUGAUAACGACGAACAGAGAAAGCGAGACCUUACCCCCCACAAUAAUGGGGACAAUAAUCCGCAUAAUAACGGAAAUGUAAACAGAAACAAAAACAACAACAACAAUAAUUAUAAUAAUCCACACAACAACGGGAACAAGCGAGAUGAAAACCAGGACAAUAACGAUAAUGGACAAAACAACAACGACAAUAAUGAUGAUAAUAAUGGUGAUGAUGAUAAUGAUGACAAUAAUGAUGGUGAUAACAACGACCAGAGGAAGCGUGAUCAUAAUCCCCACAAUAAUGGCAACAACAAUCCUCAUAAUAACGGAAAUGGAAACAACAAUGAUGAUGAUAAUAAUGACGAUGAUGGUGAUAACGACGAACAGAAAAAGCGAGAUCUUACCCCUCACAAUAAUGGGGACAAUAAUCCACAUAAUAACGGAAAUGGUAACAACAACAACAACAACAACAACAAUAAUAAUAACAAUCCACAAAACAACGGGAACAAGCGAGAUGAAAACCAGGACAAUAACGAUAAUGGACAAAACAACAACGACAAUAAUGAUGAUAAUAAUGGUGAUGAUGAUAAUGAUGACAAUAAUGAUGGUGAUAACAACGACCAGAGGAAGCGUGAUCAUAAUCCCCACAAUAAUGGCAACAACAAUCCUCAUAAUAACGGAAAUGGAAACAACAAUGAUGAUGAUAAUAAUGACGGUGAUGAUGAUAACGACGAACAGAAAAGGCGAGAUCUUACCCCCCACAAUAAUGGGGACAAUAAUCCGCAUAAUAACGGAAAUGUAAACAGCAACAAAAACAACAACAACAAUAAUAAUAAUAAUCCACACAACAACGGGAACAAGCGAGAUGAAAACCAGGACAAUAACGAUAAUGGACAAGACAACAACGACAAUAAUGAUGAUAAUAAUGGUGAUGAUGAUAAUGAUGACAAUAAUGAUGGUGAUAACAACGACCAGAGGAAGCGUGAUCAUAAUCCCCACAAUAAUGGCAACAGCAAUCCUCAUAAUAACGGAAAUGGAAACAACAAUGAUGAUGAUAAUAAUGACGAUGAUGGUGAUAACGACGAACAGAAAAGGCGAGAUCUGACUCCCCACAAUAAUGGAGACAAUAAUCGACAUAAUAACGGAAAUGGAAACAACAACAACAAUAAUAAUAACAAUCCACACAACAACGGGAACGAGCGAGAUAAAAACUAAAAAAAUGAUGAAAACAAUAACGAUAAUGGACAAAAGAACAACGGCAAUAAUGAUGAUAACGACCAGAACAAGCGAGAUCUUACUCAACAACAAUCCGCAUAAUAACGAAAACGGAAAUAACAACAGCAACAACAAGAAUGGAAAAUAAAAUGUUACAAUAACAACAACAACAACACCCCACACAACAACGGAAAUUAAUACAAUGUAAAGAAUGAUAUAUUAACACCAGAAAUAAUAGUUACACUAACACAAAUGAUAACAUCAGCAACAGCAACAACUUUUAUUAUAUAUCUAUAACAAUUACUAUUUCUAGGUUAUAUACUUGCUAUAAAAAUGGAAACAACAAUACGAAAUAUUAGCGAAAAAUAAAUAAAAUGUUUCUAAUUAAACAGUUUUAUGUAAACAGUUUCUUUAAUUACAUCAAGAACAUAUAAUAAUAAAAUUUA